AUGUCCGACACCAAAGAGAAACCAGUCAAGGACCAGGACCAGGAUCAAGACCAGAACCACAACCAAAACCAGGACCAGGACCAGAACCAGAAUGAGACCAAGCCAAGUCUGAACAAACAGCCCAAACCAGUGCGAGUCAAAGCACAGGCUACGGUCCAGACCCGAGUCCUGCCAGGUGUCCAACCAGGGCCUCAGCCUGUAGUCCAGGACCAGAACCAGGUCCAGGACAAGUCCCAGGAACCAGGGACUUUCUGCAGCUUCAUCUAUGACCCCAGGACUGGAGCAGUGCUGGGACGGACCAAAGACUCAUGGGGCCGGAUCCUGCUCUUCUACCUGGUUUUCUACUCGUUCCUGUCGGCCAUGUUCUGCUUCACUCUGUGGACAGUUCUCCUGACGCUGGACCCGGAUUCUCCCAAAUAUUCAGACCUGCUGCAGAACCCAGGUCUGGUGGUUCAGCCUCAGGUUGUAGAGAUCUCCUUUAAUCGCAGCGACGCCUCAGAAUACAGACCAUAUGUGGAACAGCUGCACCGAAUCCUGAGCAAGUACAACGACAGCAUCCAAGUGGCGAACGACCUGUGUUUAGCUGGAGAGUUCACAGUGGAGGACAAGGGUCCAGACCGGGUCCAGGGUCCAGACCGAGUCCAGAGGAGAGUGUGUCAGUUCAGACGCAGUGUCCUCCGCUCCUGCUCCGGUCUUACGGAUCCUAACUUCGGGUUCAAGGACGGGAGACCGUGUGUCGUCAUCCGUAUGAACCGGGUUGUGGGACUGAAGCCGACUGGAGACCCCUUCAUCAACUGCACAUCCAAGAGUCCUAUAAAGAUGCAGUACUUUCCUCCAGAUGCUCGUCUCGACCGAAUGUUCUUCCCUUACUAUGGAAAGAGAAUCCACUCGGAGUAUGUGCAGCCUCUUGUUGCUGUGAAGUUUCUUUUUUCUCGUCGUGACUUUAACGUCUCUCACUCCGUCACGUGUCGUGUUGAGGGCAGCGGGAUCCAGAACCAGAACUACAGAGACCGUAACCAGGGCCGGGUCUCCUUCCGGGUCCGAGUCACCAUGUAG